AUGCAGACCGAAAGGUUUCAUCCAUUCCUCCUAGCUGAAUCUCUUCCUGACUUCGAAAAUGUUGAAAUAUCUAUUCCUUUUCCUCGCACUCGCCUACUAAUUUGCGGUGACAAACCAGCAUCUGGAGUGACGGUGAAGCUUUGGGAUGAGGAUGAUGGACCGGACCCCGACGACUUGCUUGCUGAGGGUGUAACGAAUGCAAAAGGAGAGUUCACUUUACAGGGAUCAGAGAAAGAAGUCACCAACAUUGACCCAGUUUUCAAAGUCUACCAUGAUUGCGAUGAUGGAAUAAAACCCGGACAACGCAAGGUCAAAUUCCGCAUCCCAAGUCAGUACAUUUCCGCAGGAGGAUCGCCCAAGAAACUAUUUAACAUUGGCGUACUCAAUCUCGAAACGAUUUUCCCAAAGGAAGAGCGAAAACUUUUUUAAACAGACACAUGCCUGCCUUGUACUUCCAUGUAUGGAUAAAUACUUUUUUUUU